AGCGCACAGUUGUGACGAAUUUGAAACGGGUCCCGUGGACGACGUAACAACAAAAUUAAUUUUGAAAGAUUUUUAAAAUACCUAUGUACUUACCUUGUUGUAGCACUAACAGGAUAAGGAACAGUCAGCAAUAGCAUUGCAACACCCUUCAUACUUUCUUCACUUUCGUAAUCAACUUUCAUCUUAGUAGUCGCAGAAUUCACACAAGAUGGCUGCUGUCGCUGGGGCGGCUCCAGCCACAGCGGAUGUCGUAGUUUCGAAUACAGCGGCGGUGCCGGCAGUGGAGAUUGAGGCGGCGCAAAAUUCCAAUCUACUCCCGACGACAAAUCCCACAGCCGGCAGCGACGGAGCCGCAAUUGGACGAGAAAACGGCGGCCAACUACAGAUGAACAGUGGAGAAGUAGCCGUUGAACAAGACCAAGCUCCCGCAGCUAAUGCUCCUGGAGCUGUAGCGACCCCGAACACGACAACGACCGUACCGACGAAUGUGCAGCGCAUCCCACGGCCGCCCCGGGGGGGUGGACCCACCUCCGCGGCAGGGUCUUCAUCAUCGGCGAGUCCCAAGAAGGGCAGGGGCGGGGCACCCUCCGCCCAGGACGAAGCCAUCAACCUGCCCCUGGCGGAACUGAAGCGGUUGAACCGGCGGAAGGAGCAGGGGCUGGUGGCGCGCGUGGUGCGGUCGCCCGGCAAGCUGUGGCAGGCCGCAAAGGACACCGUGGUGCGGACCGAGCUGCGGAAGGAGGUCGUGGCGGAGAACAAGAAGAAGCAGCGCGCCAUGGCGCGCGUGCAGUUUCUGCGGCACCAGCGGUUGCGGCAGGCCAUGGCCGACGUGGUGCGGCGGGACGAGGAUCCCCACGCCGCCGCCGCGGGCUCGGACGACGAGAAGGUAUCCAUUGCAAAUAUGUCUGGGUCGGGAAGAUUGCGAGAUUUGUAUUGCUGAACUCGCAUGCCCCUGAGCUCUGUAAUGCAUGUUGUGGAAUCGCACUGACCCUCUGUCAUGCAAAAACGCGACCUCUCAUGCGGGUUACGCACGACGCAGCCGCUCAGAAAUUUGUCAUGCGCGGCCGCGUAUUGGAAUCAGUUUGUGACGCAUGUAUUAGCAUCAUAAGUUUCCAGACCCAGACACGUUUGCAAUGCAUAGAAGGAGCCGGGCCACGACGACAUGACCGAGCGGGGGCGGCUCUGGGCCGAGUACCGCCGCAACUUCCGGGGCGAGGAGCGCUACUCGCGGCUGAAGAUUUUCAUGUACCUCGACACCGUGUCGCAGCGGAUUUUAAAGGACGUGAUGCUCUACGUGCACGUCGUGAUGUACGUCGUGUGCCGCAUCUGUCUGCACAACGGGCUGGUGGACCUGCCGGACGAGUACGAAUCCUUUUCCGAUUCCAUCAAGGUGGUGGCCGGGUUCGCCACCAUCUUUUACCUGAACUUCACCGUGGGCCGCUAUUUCGACAUGUUUUGGUCGCUGAACGACCUGCGGAACGAGUGUACGGCGGUCACGUCGAGUUUCUGCGCCGUGCUCUCCUCGUCGUGGACCAGCACGGAGGACGCCACGGAGCAGUACGAGGCGUGCCGAAAGAUGUUCGGCUACAUGACCGCCGCCUUCGUGGUCACGUUCGCGGACUUCGGCGCGGAGUCCGUCCGCGAAGACUCGCUGCUGCCCUUCAUUCACUCGCGCCACGUCUUCAUCGACCACGACGACUACGAGCAGCUGAAGAACCUGGUCAUGCUGCCCGCCCGGCUGGUAUCAACUGCAAAUACUUCUGGGUCUGGGAGAUUGCGAUAUUGAUUGCCAUGCUAGUCUGGUAUGGCUCUGAAAUCUGUAUUGCGUGGCCGAGAAGAGCUUCUCUUGCCUGUCAUGCAAAAACGCUGUUUCUCAUGCGGAGUACGCAACUCAGAACCACGAAAAAACUUGUCGUGCUGGGCAGCACAUUACAGAGUGCUCGCUCUUCCCUUCCUUGCAUCACAAGUUUAUUCCAGACCCAGACAUAUCUGCAAUGCAUAGCUGGGGUCCAUGACAAACACCCCCUACGCGGAAUCCGGGGUGUACAACCUGUCUUACCGCGCGGCGGCGCUGGUGGAGCUGGGGCGCAAGAACAACUGGAUCUCGGCCCCCCAGGCCGCCGCACUGAACAGCCGGCUCGCCCGCAUCCAGGCGGACUCCAUCAAGAUGAGCAACUUCGCGCUGUCGGUACUGCCCUACCAGUUUUUGCACUUCCUCGUGUUCAGUCUCUUCAUCGUCACCUUCCUGUCCACCUACGAGGCCGCGCUGAUCGACACGAUCAAGACCGGGAUCGACACGCCCUACAAACACUUUCCCUACCAGGCGCUCGGCCUGGUGGUCAUGUACUGGUUCUGGCUCGGGCUGGUUUACCUCGCACAGACGCUGGAGGACCCCUGGGGCGACGAUCUGGACGACUUCGACGUGCGCGGCUACUGGCAGGCGGAGUACCUGCGGGAGCUGGAAAUUUUGAACUUUGCGUUUGAGUCCUGCGACGUGGCCAAACUGGAGCAGGACCUGUGGAUGCGGCUGAACCGGAAGCACGUCAGCGAGGACUUCGAAAACAUGAUGAGCAACGUGCACCUCACGUCCCUGCUCGGGUUUUCGCACAUUGGCGGGGAGCGGAAAACGAUGAAGCGUCCGCAGAAGCACUUGGCGAACUUGAUUGAAAUGGCAAAGCAGUACGGCGUAGAGGAGGAGCAAAAGCGGCAAAGCAAUCUGGAGGCCGAACGGCAACGGCAGACGGAGCAGGGCGCAUACGAUAGUAAUUUUCACAACGUCGGGCUCGGGGGUAGCACCGGAGCUGGUGGUGCAGUGGCAGUAGUCCAGCAAGCCGAGGGGGAGGCGGUUUAUGUAGGCGGAGAGGACGUGGUGAUAGAAGAGGGCGGCUUAGAUGAAGAGUUUUAUGACGAGACGCAGGCCGCGUAUGGUGGCCAGUACGCAACGACAGCAGCUGACGAGCAGUACGAUGGAGUUGCCUACGAGGAUGGAACAGCGUACGUCGAGACAACAGGCGCAGGAGGCACUAGCAACUUUUACUACAACGACGCAAAUGUAGGUGUCACGGAAAUGGAAGAUGAUGAUGAUGAUGAUGAUGAUGAUGAUGAUGAUGGUGGGGAGAGAGACUUUAGAAGUAGAGGUGGUUUUCUGAAUAGUUACUACGAAGAAGAUGAUGUAGCACUAGCACCACAUUCUGCUCGUCACUGGAAAUAGUUCACGAGUAAGCAUUUUCUGUAGGAUGACUGUGAUGGUCCGUUUUUUCGUGGAAACUAAGUGAGUAAUAGUAGUGUACAUGAUCAUAGUUGUGGCUACACUCAUCUAAGUGCAAGUAUCAUAGUAUUCCGAACUUCUGCGAUGGUUGAGAAAAGUUUGUGCGCAUUCAUAGUCUGACGCGCUAUACGCGCCAUGAUACAACUAGGUCGUUUUGCAGAGUGACAAGAGGAUAAUGUGACCGCAGGAUAUGUUUUUCUUUUUCCGUUGGUGAAAAAUGCA